UGGUUUGAUCGUUUACAACUAAACUGCCGCGCCAGUCUUCGUAUGGCAUGUGCGUCGAGCAAAAAAGUGCGUCAUCCGGUAGAGUUUUUUCGUUAUUUUGAGUCGGAUGUUGCGCUCAGCGUUGUAGUUGAUCGAUUCGUUUGCUUAAAUACACGAUUUAACACUUUCCUAAUUCGUAACAUUGUUAAACCAUUAGAUUGCGAUCCCAUCCGCAUUAUUUUUUUCAGUAUACCUUCUCCUUAGAAUUAAGUCUACAUGUGAGGCAGUAUAACACAGCGUUGAGGUUAUGCCUAGCAUGAGUUUGAUGCAGAGGUAUGACGGUCUCCUACCAGUACGAUGUUGCUUCGUCGACAUCUGGGGGGUUCACGCGGCUGCUCUUCAAAUGGAAAGGUUCUCUCUACAAGCUUGUCUAUAGAGAACUUUUUCUAUUCGUCGUGGCCUACGGUGCCAUGAGCAUCACCUACCGACAUUUCUUUACUGAGGAUCAAAAGAGAUCGUUUGAGCGCGUAGCCCUGUACUGCGAUACGUUCAUGAACUACAUUCCCCUGUCCUUCAUACUCGGCUUCUACGUAUCCUUCGUGGCUUCGAGAUGGUGGCAACAAUACAUGGCGAUUCCGUGGCCGGAUAAGCUGCUGCACUCUAUAGCAGUGCACGUAUCAGGCUACGACGACCACGGCCGUAUGCUGCGACGCACGAUGGUGCGCUACCUCAACCUCAGCCUCGUGCUCGUGCUGCGCUCCAUAUCGUCGGCCGUUAAGAGGAGAUUCCCUACCUUCGACCACAUAGUCGAGGCAGGCUUCAUGACCAGCACGGAGCUACAGCUGUACAAGUCUGUACCGAGUACGGAGUUCAACACCUACUGGGUGCCGUUCACGUGGUUCACAGCUCUUGUGCGAGAGGCUUCCCUAGAGAAGAGAAUUAUUGAUCCAUAUGGAGCCAAACUUAUUAUGGAGGAGUUCAAUGACUAUCGACAAAUGUGCGGCAUGCUGUGGAGUUAUGAUUGGGUGUCCAUACCGCUAGUUUACACGCAGGUGGUGACCAUAGCAACGUACGCUUUCUUCAUCGCCUGCAUCGUGGGACGGCAGUUCGUAGAGAAGAGCCCCAUACCGUACAAGAUGAAGCCGGACCUCUACAUCCCCUACUUCACCCUCCUACAGUUCUUCUUCUACAUGGGAUUGCUUAAGGUGGCAGAGCAGCUGAUCAAUCCUUUCGGUGACGACGACGAGGACUUUGAGCUCAACUGGAUAAUUGAUCGACAUAUGAAAGUUUCGUAUCUGAUUGUUGACACCCUCAUCCUGAAGACGCCGCCGCUCACCAAGGACAUCUACUUCGACCAGACGGCGCCCGUGCUGCCCUACACCGAGGCCGCCGUCCACUUCAAGAAGAAGGCUCACCGAGGCUCAGUGGCCCACAUGACGAUCCCUGAGGACCAACAGACGUUUAUUCUGCCCGACAUAGAAGAAGAGUCUGACGAGGAGAGAUCAGAGGCAGACGACGCCACCAAGAAGGGGAAGAUCGCGUCCGGACUCUUCACCUCCACGGGAGCCAUGCUGCGUGACACGUCCUUUGCAGACCAGGGUAACGUGCGAGGUGUUUUUGGCAGGCAUGUGGGCAGCGCUGUCGCGGCUGUUGGAACUAAUCAAAUGCUCGUGGCGACGGGUGCGGACACCGAGAAAAUAAUGGAUUAUUUAGUCCUGCCCAUGGAAGAUGAUGGCGGAGACGUUGAUCAUCCCGAAGCUGAUUGGAAGAACCCACACAUCACACAAAAGUCAAAUUUCCAUUUACCUGCGUCUCUGAAAGCCAGACUGGCAGUUAGAAGGAAGCCAGUAAUGAAAUGGAAGCCGUACCACCGCCCACCAGAAGUUCGACAAAAUUUAGAUGAAAUAAUCAAAGAGUCCACGCCGGAGGGCUGCUACGAGGAAGAGUGCGCUUUCAUGUGGAGAACAAUUGAAGAAGAUGCAGACGUUGGCAGACCACCUACCCAGCGCCUAGCACCUGUGCCGCUGCCCAACGAGUACGAUGAGCAUGACGACUUUAGUGAGAAUUCCAGUCAAAUUCAGGACCCACGAAUAAUAUCUAGUUAUACAAAAAAGCAACAUCUCGCCGAACGAAUGAAGAGUUCGUUUCCUAAGUCGAUACCGCCUUCUCUGUUCAGACCCAUCAAGAACCACCCGUCGUUGAAACCGAGGACAAAAAAAUUGAAACAGUAUCAACUAGAAAAACGAACGAAGCCUGUGCACCACCGUUCCUUACCACAGCUCUGCAGCAGAAGUGCUUCUCAACUCAGUUACUUCAAAACUAGAGUCAGAAGUUCCAGUUCAAACUCCCUGCCAUCUGAACGGGACAAGAAAACAGAAAUCUGCCAAUGAUCAGCUUUUUGCAGAAUCAAGAAAAAUCCACCACCACCUUCAGAGUUAAGAUAGCAAGUUACCAGUAGACUUCAUAGUCCGUUUGCUGUGACUGAUGGACCAGGGCAGUCGGUUUUAAGUAUGGCAUUACUUUUUACCCUAGCGGGAAAGUUGAUAUCAUGGACUCACGGUAACCUCUGUACUAUUAAAAUUAGUUGAAGCGAAUCAAUAUCUCAUUCUUAACUUUGCAUCGUACAUAUUUCAAACGAUGUUCUGUGAUAUUCCAACCUAAUUGCUCAAUAUUCUCCCUUAAUCGCGAAUCGCUGCCAAGAAUUGCUUCAUCCAGUGAACGGAUGUCAACAAUGUCACAGAUGUGCUACGCCAGUGGUUCAUAACUACGAGCUUGACUCACUAAAGGGACUCAUGAACAUAACAACUGAGAAUUUCAAAUUUUGCGCUCAUCUCGUAAGCUUCCUUGAUCGACAGUAGAGGUAAUCAAGACAACUUAUGAAAAAAAAUGCGGUCAGAUGAUCAGAACACAGGUGUGGUUGUGCGUGGGACGAUGCGGUAUUCGUAGCCGCACUGGUUACUUUUAUUAGAUUAUGUUUAUGAAUUAAGAAUGAACGGUUUACUGUCAUUGCUGCUGAUUAUUGGAUUACGAUGAUGAUUGCAAGCUAGCAGCCGCACGUCCCCUGCGCAUCAGGUCGCAGGAAAGAAAAACCCGAAUUAUCGGUAUCAAAUAUCGAUAUUAAGAUUAGGAGAUUUCCUUCCCUUUUCUAGAACCAAAUGAUUAAACUAUCGGUACACUUGUGCCGUUCCAGAAGGAAGAUUGAUGUCUAAUUUUCGAUUAGAAGCCAUCAAUUAUUAAUAAGUCACAAUAAGGGCGCAUGAUAAUUCGUUCAAUUUGCAAUGAAAGACAGAGUAAUUAGACAUGUCGCAGCGGUCUAAUUAUUUACGAUGUCAUCUAAAUCCACCUUGAAGCUGAGGUUUACUUAUCCAUGCAAAGAAUUCCGAAACGAAGCAGAUUGAAAAGAUACAGUAAUUAUGAAAUAAUAGAGCAGAGAGCAAUGUACCAAUGCAGUGAAACGAUGUAGUUUCUUUUUUCAUGCAAUAGUUAAACGUUUCCAUUGUUUGCCUAUUGCAGUUUUUUUAACUUUCAUUCAACAUGAAGUAGAUAGUACUUGCAUCGAUUGGAAUUUCUUCAGGUGUUAGGAUCAAGUG